AAUGAUACUAAAGAAUUCGGAACAUUGACAGGUAGGGAGCUGAUAACCCGGAGGGACUGUUGGCCCGGUGGAGCAUUCUCUGUCCGCCUCCGAGGGCAUCAAAAACUCCUAUACCACGACCCUCGACUACACUUCAAUCAUCCUUCUCUCAGUCGCCGCAACCAUCUCCACUAAGAUAUCUCCACAUCGCCAAUCAUGACCACCUCAUCCCCUUCCUUCCCAACAACAACCCGUGCCUGGAUCCUCCCCUCCUCCCCCACAGGCCCAUCCUCCCUAACCAUCCAAACCCUCCCUCUCCCACCGCUAGGCCAAAACGACAUCCUCGUGCACUUCCGUGCCCUCUCCCUCAACUACCGCGACAUCUCUCUCUCCAAAGGCACCUACACUCGCCCCGCACUCCCAAACCUAAUCCAAGGCUCCGAUGCCGCCGGCUGCGUCCUCGCCGUCGGCCCCUCCGUCCGUCUUUUCAAACCAGGCGACCGCAUCAUGACGACCUUCUGGCGCGACUGGAUUUCCGACGGCCAGGACGUACGGAGUUUCGCGGGGAGUGAUCUUGGUGGGAAUAUGGAGGGGGCGUUUAGGGAGUUUGGUGGUUUUGCGCUGCAUGCGCUGGUUAGGGUGCCGGAGUCACUCGACUACAGGGAGGCGGCGGGGUUGCCGUGUGCGGCGCUGACGGCUUGGGAGUGUUUGUACGACAGGGGGGAUAGACAUGUUAGGGCGGGGGAUACGGUGCUUGUGCAGGGGACGGGGGGCGUGAGUUUGUUUGCGUUGCAGUUUGCGAAGGGGGUUGGGGGGAGGGUUGUGGCGACGACGAGUUCGGGGGAGAAGGAGGAGUUGUUGAAGAAAAUGGGAGCGGAUGUGGUGAUUAAUUAUCGGGAAGUGCAGGAUUGGGGAGUCAAGGUGAAAGAGUUGACGGGUGGUGUGGGAGCGGAUAUCGUGAUUGAUGUUGGAGGAGCAUCAACGGUCUCUCAGAGCUUGAAGGCGGCGAGAAUUGGGACGGGCACGAUUUGCUUGAUUGGGCAUUUGAGUGGAGGGCAUGGUGAGGACGUUCCGAAUGUCUGGGAUGUGAGGCAGGCGUUGUGCAAAGUCAGGAGUGUAGCUGUGAGCUCGAGAGCGCAGUUUGAAGAGAUGGUGAGGGCGAUUGAGGGAUGGGGGAUCAAGCCUGUGGUUGAUGGCAAAAUAUGGAAGUUCGAGGAGAUGAAGGAGGCGUACGAAUACUUGGCCGACGGUAGGCAUAUCGGCAAAGUCGUGGUGGAUGUCGUCUAGUCAGCCUCCUGGCACUCCCGCGCUGGUGAGCGCAUCUUGAUAUUCGACCUAUCACCUCCUGUCUACUCCACUCAGUAAAUGAGGAAUAAGAUUUCGCCCCCAUCGUCGGAUCCGUAACGAAAGCAGGUCGCUGCGAUCGACAGUGAAGUGGUGUUGUGCAACCGGCAGGUUCCCUAUCCUGGCACGUUAGUCUACGAUGGCAGACGAUCAGCCAAACUCUUCUACCAACUCUGGCAGGGCUGAUCCAACGAUCUAAAAUGCCAGUGCCGCACCACGCAUCGGGCAUAACAAUAUGUUAGCCGAGACCAACACACCAAACGAGUCUAUGGAUGGGCGCACUUCGAUCCCGUCG